UAAUACUCCCCUGCUUCUCCGACAAGGUCAAGGUUAACAUUGAUUAUUGCCCAAGAUUCUCUUACAUGCAGCAUGGUCAACAGCUAUUUCUUCACCAACACGAUCCAGUAUUUCUUCCCCUUGGCCCUCAACGAUCGAUGGCAGUGCUGGUGCCGACUGAUCCAUAUCCAUCUCCAUCUCCAUCGACCAUAUCCGAUUCUCUAUCUCUCACCGCACUGACAUCCCUCUCCAUCAGCGAAAUUGAGGAUGCAGAGCACUUGCCCGGGGAGUUGUUUCAGUCCCUCCCGUCUCUCCAGUCUCUUAUAAUCAGUAAUUGCCCUCGCCUUAAAGCACUCCCUCUGGGGGCAAUCCUCCGAUACGUAUCCACCCUUGAGACGCUGAAAAUUUCUGAUUGCCCAGAGCUUGAUUUAUCCACCGAGAAUGAUGACGACAACGACGAUGGUGGUAAUGCUGAAGGCAUGACCGAUCUUUUGCAGCUACAGGGCCAUCAUAAACUUCGCCAUCUAAGUAUCUGGGGAGUUCAUAAGGCGGAGUGUUUGCCUGGGUGGUUCCAGUACUUCUCCAACCUCCAAAUUUUAACCAUUGGAGAUUGCAAGGGCGUGAAGUCUCUUCUGCCUGGAAGACUGAUUCUUCCGCUUCUCACCACCCUCGAGUCGUUGGUGCUAUACAGGUGUCCAGAACUUGACUUAUCAAUAGGGGAGUCAGAAGACAUGCCGAUGGUGGCUUAUUCUCAGUUCACUAAACUCCGCAAUUUGGUAUUCAGCGGGAUACAAAAAAUGGAGACUCCCCCGUGGUGGAUUCAGCACCUCACUAACCUUGAAAGUUUACGCAUCUGGUCCAGCGAGAAUCUGAAGCCUUUGCCUGAGUGGUUUCCCAAUCUCACCUCACUCAAACAUCUUAUGAUUUGUUCCUGCGGGGAGGAGCUGGCAAGAAGGUGCCAAGGGAAAAACGGAGGAGGAGAGGACUGGCCUAAGAUUUCUCACAUCCCGCAUGUAGAAGUAGAAAGAUGACUGAAGUGUGAUGGAUCCUCCCCCACUCACUGCCUCCAAUAAAGCUCGUGGUUGUUCGCGCUGACUUGAAUGGGCACCUCAAGUCUCUAUGAGACUAUUCCCUUCUCUAGCAAAGGGAGAUGCCUUCCAGAUGCUUCCCUUGAUGGACGGGAUGGUAUAUUUCUGGAUUAUUCUGUUGAUUGGCCUCCAGGAUUGUUAUUUACUCAAGAAGUGCUCUCCAAGAACCUGAAUGCUUUGCCCAAGUGGUUGGAGCUCACUCAAAAAGCUUAUAAUUGGCUACUGCGAGGAGGAGCUGAGAAGAAGAAAAGAAUACCGGAGGAGAGGACUGGCCUAAGAUUUCUCACACCCCGCAUGUGUUCAUUUGGUGAAGUGGAUUGAUCCUCCCUCACUCACUGCCUCCAGUCAAAGAUGAUAUGAAGGGCCUAUAUCCAUCAUAGUUUCUCAUUGCAGGCUGUCAUUUAUAUAGACUUCCUUUGGGAGCUUGGCAACAAAUUUACUCAACUUGCUCCCAUGGUUCUCGAUUGAUCCCCUCCUGGCAGCUCAAACUAUCAACAAUAGGCUUCAGGAAUACGAAAAGGAUUGGUAUUUAAAGCUGUCACGCUCAGAGGCCGCUUGCACGAUUCGAUGCUCCUCAGAUCAGCUCCACUGAAUAAAUGGUCUAACAGCUGAUUUUUUUAAGACUCUUGUGAAUCUAGUUUAAGAAGAUAUAUCAAGAAAAGGCCAAAAUCUAUUUUGGCUUGAUUUAUGUUCUCCUGAAAUUAAGGUUCAAUUAAGUUUUGCCUUCUCCGGAAAUAAAAAUCUCUACUUAUUCUGUUGUUUCUUAUUUGUAAUCCUAAUCCUCUUGAUUAAUCAUUUUCUCAAAUAUAAUGAAGGCUCCUCUGGCAUGGGCAUCAAGUCAUGUACCACCAACUUGCAUUGUGGAUGGUUUAUGGGAUUUCACAAGACCGGCAUGGAGAGUUCUUCAUUAGAUGGUGGGAAUAUUGUAACUUAAUUACAAAGAUAGCAUCAAUACCAAUAGUUUAACUUUUGGUUCAUUAGGCUUUGGAUUUAAAUGUUCGAAUAUUUCUCCAUAGCGACAUGCUAAUUGCAAUUUGGUGAAGGGAAUAGAGCUGUUAUAGGAUUAUCUAUGGCUUCUUUGAGGUCUAAGGCUUGAAGUAAUGACCCAAGACUUCUUCGAGGUCUUCUUUACUAUAGCCUACUAUACGAUCAUCUGCUUCCCUCUUUUAAUCAUCCAAUUCUUCCAAAGCAUGAGAUUGCUUUUGUAUUUUUAUUUUUUUUUAAUUGAUGCUCAGGUGCAAUAUAGGGACUUCCUAUUGCAUGGCAGGUUGUUUACAUCUUCUCAUGCUAUUUUGUGGGAUAUGCUGCCUCAGUAAAUACAUAUAUGCGUGUCGCAGAAUCAGUUUUAUUUGCUGGUAAAGCUGUCAGGGUUCCCAACCCCUUCCUUUCGGUUUCAAGAUUCUAUAUCUCAUAUGCAAAUGCCAAAGGCUCUCAAAAAGUUCAAGGGUUCACACGCCAGUUUCUUUUCCAGAAGGAGCCAUUAGUAGACUUAAAGCUGAGCAGACUCCGAAGAUGAUUUACUUCCACAGUCUGAGGCUGAUAAGAUUGAAGCAAUGCUUCGGGACUGAAAGGAGUCCUUGGAGUUUCAUAAGAGAUCGUUUGAAUGUGCUGUUGACUCUAUACGAGCUAUAGAAGCCAGUCAUCUUUGGCAGCUUCUGGUUGGUCGUGCUGACUUGAAUGGGCAGCUUAAGGCUCCAAAAGACUGUUUCCUUCUAGCAAAGGGAGAUUUCUUCCAGUGCUUUCUUGAGGAAAGUCGGCAACUGAUGCGCUUGGCACCUCGUCGGUCAACUCCUGAAGCUGAACUUAUGGUCCCCUUUCAGCUGGCAGCAAUAAAGACCAUAAAUGAGGAAGACAAAUAUUCAAGAAGUGCUCUCCAAGUUGAGGUCAAUAGAAUCCCAAUGGAAUGUUCUGCAAGGACGCAUUCACGACUCUUAUGACUUCACGGAACUCGUACGGAUCCAUCAAGAGUACUUGUCGACUUUAAUUUCAAAGUCAUUCUUAGAUAAUGGUUCUGUGUUGAGGAUACUGACAGCAUAAUGAAACUACGCCCCCAGUUCAACUGGAACAUUGAGAACCAAGAAAGCUUCACAAAUUCAUCUGAACUGGAGCACAUUACAGAGCUUUAAUUUCAGUUCUUCAAAGAUAUUGGCUCUGUGUCGAGGAUAUUGGACAACAUAAUGAAACUAUGCCUCCGAUUCUGCUAGAACAUUGAGAACCAAGAAAGCUUCACGCAUUCAUCUGAACUGGAGCACAUUGCAGUGCUGGAGAGAAGCAAGUCUGAUGUGGAUUGUGUGGUUCUGAAGACCACGGUUGACCACCAACAGGGAUAGUGUUUCUGCUGAAUCGCUUGAAUUUGUAGCCUCAAAGCAUCCCAGAACAGAAAUCAUCGCUGAUGAAAUUAGGAUUUCCAGAACAAGCACAGAUGAAGAACUUCAUCAGGACUUAGCUGAGCUGCAGAGAGCAGUGCCUUUUAAGGAUGAGGUUUCAAGCUGCAAGCCUAUUGAGAGCAUGGGAGAAGAUAUAUUAGUUGCAGAUACUUUGUCACAACAUUCACUGUCUGUCUCAGAUGUUAAAGUUCCUUGCUCUAGUCAAAAGAUAUUUUCCAAGUUACAAUUUUCUUUUCAAGACCUACUAGCACGAAGGCAGAAGAGAUUGUUAAGAUUACAGUCCAGUGGCUAUACAAGCAAAGAGCAAAUCCGAAAAGCUACUAUGCUGCUGCAACACUUGAACUUUCCCAACCAGAGAAUGAGGAGCGAAAAGCAAGGGCUUUAGCUGCAACCACGACUGAACUUGAAUGGCAAUUCGACAAAAAAGAUUUUGGUCGAAUAAAGGUAAUUGGGCAAUUCAAUCUUGGGUUUAUCGUUGGAAAGUUGGAUGAAGAUUUAUUUAUUGUAGAUCAGCAUGCAGCUGAUGAGAAAUGUAACUAUGAACGGCUAUCGCAAUCAACCAUCUUCAAUCGACAGCCUUUAUUGAGGCGAGAAGUUGAAUUUUACUUUGCUGGAUCCUCCUUGCGAAUUUUCUAACAGCCUGCUGCUGAAGCGGGCCACCAAAUUGUUGUCUUGAAUCAAUCAUUGUUGCUUGAAUCAAUGCUGAUGCUGCAUUGAGUGUUUGAAAAGUGUGGAUGGCAUAACACUUCCUUGUACACAACAAUAUUCUUUUGUAGUUAAAUUCUCUAUAAGAAGAAA